AUGGUAUCCUCCACUGUUUUGGCUGCAUGGGAUGCAUGUUCCAAGAUAGACACUCUGUUUAUCCUUGUAUGCUGUGUCUUUUGCUGGCUUAUUAUCCCAGCAGUUGGCUUGGGAUAUUCUGGGUACUCGAUUCAUCGCAAUGCACUUGCAUCUUUCUAUCCAAGUCUUCUUGUUAUUGCAGUCUGUUCUAUACAAUGGUGGAUUAUUGGAUAUUCAAUCGCUUUUGGAGACGGCGGAAGCUUCUUUGGUAGCUUCACCAACAAGGCCUUCCAUAGGAAUGUUCUGGCUAAUCCUGUCGGGGGAAUUCCUGAGAUUCUAUUCUCUGAAUUUCAGCUUAUUUUCUGCGCUACCGUCUGCAUUAUUACCGUGGGCGGUGCAUGUGAGCGUGGAAGAAUACUUCCUCUCAUUCCGUUCAUCUUCCUUUGGUGCACCUUUGUUUAUGAGCCUUUAGCUUAUAUGGUCUGGUCAGAAAAGGGAUUCUUUUCUCAAUUAGGAGUCCUCGAUUUUGCUGGCGGUACACCAGUUCACAUUUGCAGCGGUGCUUCAGCAACUGCCUUGAGUGUUUACCUUUCAUAUCCUCUGUUCCGAUCUCGAGAGUCUGCACACCGUACACCGCAGCACUUAAGGCUUCAUCGACCUCACAACAGCAUGUGUCAACUCUUAGCUCUUAUCAUCAUCUGGAAUGCAUGGCUUGCCUUUGAUGCCGGCACGACUCUUGCGCUUAACUUCAAGAGCAUCAUGGCUGCUGUCGUGACAAACAUCUGUGCGUCGUCAGGCGCACUGGCGUGGGCAUGUAUGACAUACUGGGAAACAGGCAAAUGGAGCCUAGAUAGCACUUUCAUGGGAGCGAUCUCUGGCCUUGUCAUGAUCACCCCGAGUGCAGGAUUCGUCGAUAUGACUACUGCUUUCUUCUUUGGAAUCUUGGGGUCGCUGAUCUGCCGACAGGCGCUGCGAAUAAAAUUCACCAAGAUGGCGGCUCGUUUACGCUGGGUCGAUAAUGGCGACACUUUUGCUACACACUGUAUUGGUGGCUUGGUCGGUACUAUCGCCACUGGUCUCUUUGCACAGCGGGCAGUAUCUGCAUAUGAUGGUUCGUCUGAGAUUCUCGGUGGGUGCUUCUUCGACGGGAACUGGAAACAGCUUGGCAUUCAAGCUCUUGAGGCUAGUACUGGGUCUGUAUGGAGCUUUGUUGGAAGCUAUACUAUCUAUGCCCUCAUUGAUUGUGUUCCUGGCCUGGAGGUCUUGGCUAAGAAUAGUGAAAUUCUGGUCGGGAUGGACGCCUCUCAGAUGGAUGAAUCCCUAUACGAAGCUCAAUGGAGUGGAGAGGAAGAUUACAGUCCAUUCUCAGGAGAUAUCCAGCUGGACUGA